AUGGAGCGGCAGCCGGCAGUCCGGCGACGGCGAGCUCAAGACACUAAUGGAUUGGUUGCUUCACAGGCCAAAAUAAAUGUCUUGCCCUGUCAGCAAGAUGAUGAUUCUCAGGGUGAUUCACAGAUGCCAAACCUUCCAGAGGACAUUUGGCGUCACAUACAUUCCCUGAUGCCAAUGCGAGAUGCUGCCCAAGCUGCCUGUGUCUGUCAUGCUUUUCUACGUUCCUGGAGGUGCCAUCCCAACCUCACUUUUUCUGGCACAGCAUUGGGUAUGAAUAAAAAGACUUGUGUAAAUGAUGAAAUUGCCAGAGACUUUCGUAGCAAGGUUGACCAGAUCCUGAAAAAACACUCAGGCAUUGGUGUGAAGAAACUUAAACUUACGAUUGACAUGAUUCAAUAUUACACUGCCAAGGAUUAUUGUUAUGUCAACAGUUGGCUUCUGAUUGCUGUCACACCAGGAAUUGAGGAACUUACACUCCAACUGUCUAUGGGGGAAUACAAUUUUCCAUGCUCACUUUUGUCUAAUGGGAGUGGAGAGUCAAUCCGUUAUCUCCAUCUUUGUGGUUGCUCCUUUCGACCCACAGCUGAACUUCCUUGGUUAAAAAGCUUGACAAAAGUGCGGCUUCAUGCUGUCCGUUUUACUGGGGAUGAGUUAGGGUGCCUUCUGUGCAAUUCUUUUGCUUUGGAGCGGUUGGUUCUCACGCAUUGUGAUGAGAUGGUUUGCUUGAAGAUCCCUUGCAUGCUGCGCCGGCUCAGGUACCUACAGGUUUUUGGCUGUGAAGAUCUGCGAGCGAUAGACAACAAAGCUCCAAAUAUAUCCAGCUUCUUGUACAGCGGAGAACGCAUUCAACUGUCACUUGGAGACACAUUGAAAAUGGAGUACAUACACUUGUAUUUCGGACGUGCACUUCAUUAUGCUUGUGUUGAACUUCCAUCCAGCAUGCCAAACCUCAAAAUUGCUAAUAUAGAUUCGAGAAGCGAGAUGGCCAAUACACCAGUGCCGCGCAGCAAGUUUCUCCACCUCAAGAAGCUAAUUAUUAGUCUUGACAUAAUAGCCUUUUCCUAUGAUUAUUUUUCUCUAGUUUCCUUGCUUGGCGCUUGCCCCUCCUUGGAGACACUGGUCUUGGAUGUAUCCAAGGAGAAAAUGGAGCAUGUCUCCAUAUUCACAGAUCCCUCAGAUCUGAGGAAAGGACAGCAGCAUCACAAGAUGAAGAGAGUGAAGAUCCUAGGAUUCACAUCUGCAAAGAGUCUUGUUGAGCUUACUUGCCAUUUUCUUGAGAGCAUAACAUCACUUGAAUACCUUAGGCUGGAGUCGUAUCAGAGUCGUCCAAGGUGUUGUGUGCCUGCUAACAAACGUCGCAAGUGCUUCCCACUGCCCAUUGAUGUUCUGAGGGAAGCUCAACGAGGACUCUUGGCUAUCAGGACAUACAUUGAGCCUAAAGUCCCUUCCAUGGUAAAGCUACGUGUGGUUGAGCCUUGCCGCCGUUGCCAUGCUGCUGUUGAACUUUAG